GGGCAUUGGAUUUUGUCACCGCGAAGGUGCGAUCAAGGUCUCGAAUUCACAAUGUCGCAGCCCUACGAACUACGAUUCACCGAAUCCGAGUCCCUCGAUCCAACAGGCAGCAACGUGCACGUAUCGAGUCAAAUUAUCGACAGGGAAACAGCGAUUCGGGACAAAGCUCAAUCCAUUUCCGCAAGGGUCGAGGCACGAAGUUCCUCGAAACGAAAAGCCUGCGAAUCGAAGUCCUCUGGAAUUUCUGCCAUGCACAAUACGUCUCGGGACAACCCGAGCCGACGAGCGGGUUUUACCUCGUUGUGCUGCUCGACUCGGAGCCGGGCCUGAUCCUCGGCGACAUGGACAACAAACUCGACGCAGCAGCAGCGGCAGCGGCGGCGGCGGAGAAACGCGCAUGCGACUGCAGGCUGGAGUCGCGGAGCGAGCGAUUCUCUGGCGCAACGGCAGUUGCGACGACGGCGAGGUUCCGCGAGGGGGGGCGGCAGCAUGCGGUGGGGAUCGAGUGGCGGCGGGGGGAGCCGGCGGUGCGGGUGUGCAUGGACGGGAGGAGCGUGGCGGAGGUGAGGAAGGUCCGGUGGAACUUCCGGGGGAAGGAGACGGUGUUUGUGGACGGGGUGGUGGUGGACGUGAUGUGGGAUGUUCAUGAUUGGGUGUUUGGGGAGAGGUCAGGGGAGGCUGUGUUCUUGUUCAGGACUAGGGAGGGUGGUGGUGUUAAUGGAGGGGAAAGUUGCAGGCUGUGGUGGAUGGAGGAGGUGGAGAAGAAGGGUUUGAUGAACUAUUGUCAAGAAGGGUUUUGUUUGAGGAUUUGUGUUCGUAAGAAUAUGGGUUGAUGAUUAUGGUGUUUUUGGUUGGUCUGUUUGUUUGUAUUUAUUUUUAUUUUUAUUUUUUUAUAUGACGUGGAAAUUUGCAAUUGUUAUCGGAGAGUACGCACUAGGUAAAUUUGCUGCCGAAUUUAAUACUUGCAAAUUGAGUCUGAUAAGACAAAUUACACUGGACGAAGAAGCAUGUAUGGCAAUUUAUAAGUUCUUCGUAAACAGGCUAUUCCUUACGGGAUCUUGAUUUUAUUUUUUUUUGGGUUUCCUGAUGUGGGUUUGUUGUUUUUUUGGCUUACCCUGAUGGGAAUAAUAUAUAUAGAUG